AUGUCAGAGAAAGACUCCAACGCCAUGGACAGUCCUUUCCUCACCACGGGGAAGAGACUGAAGUUCCGCGCCCUCACCACCUUACUUCAGCACACCAAUGCCUGCUGCGGCUCCGAUCCCGACCCUGCGGCCCCUUGGUCUCGACCAGAACCAACACCAGAAACCGAAACCUGCAAGCGGAGCCGUUGUCUCGGCGCCUUCGCCGAGUUGCUACUAUCUCUAACACAUUCCCACAGAUACACCCAUAUUCGCGCCGCCCGCUCUACACCCAGGGACCAGGGCCAGCAGGACGAAGCAGAAGACGCUUUCGGGGACCACUGCUUCCAGUUGCACGCCCGCCUUCAGGAGGUGUUUAAGCACGAAGCAUACGUUCCCCAAUAUUAUCCUAACCCUAAGCGACUAGAGGUGCUGGAGCGGUUCUUCGCGCAUGACCCGGCGUGGGACGCGAGGCAUUUCAAAAUUAUACAUGAAUUCGUCAACGACCAUCUUGAAUGCGGCGAUCCGGCCGGAAGGAGGCCAAGCCAGACUGGGCCGCCCGGCACUAUCCUUGACAAGGGGCUGAGCCAGCUCCGGGACGAGGAGCUGGCGAGCCGGGUCCAGGAGUUGUCCAUUGCGCGCGUCUCUCGGUACGUGCGACUCCUGGGCAUAGUGUGGCGGGCUAUCCCGAACGCCCUGAGCGCCGAUAUUUGCCGACUCCAUUCCGUCUACGCGGUCACCGAGUCAAACGGCCUACCAGCCCACAGCCGCGCGCUCCGCGGCGGUGAAGAGACCCAGAUCGCCAACGCGCCGUGGCCACCACGAGGCCACCACCUCCACGCCGAGGCCGCCGCGCUCGACACGUCCACCGGCUACCCGCAGCGCUUCUGGCACGACUGCGCAAGAUCGUACAUCCGCCUCAUCCUGGCACAAGACAUGUCCUUCGAGACGCUCACCUCGACCCCGGACACCAGCCGGACCAUACCUGCGGAGCGAUACGCGCGCCACGUACGCGAGAUCCAGCGCGUCCAGCCCAUCAGCUGCAAGAAGCCGCCGCCCGCACUCGCCGGGACCAUGCAGCCGCUGCUGCAGACGAUCAGCACACUGCCGGGCCACUUGCACACGCCGCUGCUUUCCUACAUCCAGGACCGCGACGACGUCGGCUCCCUGACCGAUCGCAGCGGCUUCACCGGCUCCUGCCACCCGGAGAUGCAGUUCGCGGCGCUGCAGUACCUGGCACAGGAGCGAGAGAAGCACCCGAGCCGCCACGAGUACCCGGACCUCUACGCGGCGCACCUGCCGCCCCGCGCCGUGACGAACUUGUUCCGGGCGCGGCUGCGCGAGAUGCCGACGACGCAGCGGUCGUGCCCCUUUUGCAUGCUGGCACUGUCGGGGUGCGAGACGACCGUCGGCGAGGACGGCGAGAAGAAGGGGAUCCGCUGGGACGUGCCGCCCGCCAGGAGCCCCUGGUACGAGGCCUGCGACCUGCCGUCGUGGCUGCCGCGCCGCGUCGGCGACGAGAUGAUACGGAUUGCCGAGAAGCGCCUGCGGCAGCGGGCUGAGUUUCUCUACGAGCGCGAGAGGAGCGGGGGGGCUGUGGAUGACGCGGGGGACGUGAACGUGGGCGCGGGUAAGGGUAAGGGUAAGGGUAAUGGUAAGGGUGUCGCUGGGAAAGGUGGUGAUAUCGUGAUCAUCUUUGAAGAGGACUGA